UACAGUAAUUUAAGAUGCACGACCGUAAAUGAAGCUUUUAUUGUAAAAGUUUAGAAACGGAAGUAGUUCCGUCCAUUUUGAGUUUACUUGUGAGCAGUGUCUUGAGGUUCUUCGCAGCACGCACCCAGAAGCCUCACAAACAAACAGAUGGAUGAAAAACUAUCAGAAGAGAAUGGACAGACAUUACCAGCGCACAAGGAGGAGGAAGAGGAGAUGGAGGUUACCAUGACAACGCAACUAGAGUGUCUUGUUGUAACCCCAGACGAUGCAGACACCUCAUCAAAUACUCACACACAUGGAGAGGAAGCAGAAGAUGUACAGGCGGACUCAACAGCAGCAGCACCGUCUUCAGUCAGUGUGUGUAAGACAGAGGACAGUGAUGACGAUGACUCUGAGGAUUCAGACAGUGACAGCUCUUCCUCCUCCUCCUCUUCAUCAUCCAGCUCUUCCUCUUCUUCACCUUCUCCCCGCAUGUUUGGGAAUGAUGACGAUGACGAGGGUUUCAGCCAACCAGCCCCCAUCAAAACUAGAGACGAAGUCUUGCUCGAGGAACUGCCCUCGGUGGAGGAGGUAUGUAUCUCAUUACCAGAAGAUUCAGAACUCCAGCCUGUGGGAACGGUCUCCAGUAUUAUACAGCAACUUGUUAUCAUCCAGUCCCUGAAAGACAUGCCAGCUCUGACUGAUGAUAGUAUCCUCUUUAGAUCUGAUAGGCUGGCUUUGGGAAAGGUGUUCGAUGUGUUUGGCCCAGUGUCCAGUCCACUAUAUAUUUUGCGUUUUAACUCUGAAGACCAUAUCAACAGCAAGGGGCUGACGGUGGGACUGACAGUUUAUUAUGCACCAGCCAUCAAAGAGUGCACAAAAUACAUCCUCAUUCAGCAGCUCAAACUCUUAAAAGGAUCUGAUGCAUCCUGGAAGAAUGACCAAGAGCCACCAGUGGAGGCUUUAGAUUAUAGUGAUGACGAGAAGGAGCAGGAAGCUAAGAGGAAAGUGAAAAACUCCAAAAAGAAGAGGGACAAUAACAGUCCAGAUAAUCCUGACCACAUUACCCAGGACACCAUGCAGCAGCAGCAGCAGCAGCAGCGUAACAUCAGGGUUUUCCCACCAAGACAUGCAGGGCCUCCAUUCAGGCAUCAGAACCCAAGGAAUAAUUAUCCACCAUUCCAGCAUACACACACUCCACCCAGACAGAUACACUCACCAUCCAGACACACAAACAUUCCUCCCAUUUACCUCCCACCUCCCUGCCCUUAUCCUCUUCCACCUUUCCCACCACCCAAUUUCCCCCUCUACCCCCCUCCUCCCUCUUUCUUCAAUCCAUCUUUCUCUUCUCCUCUCUGGUCACCAAACUCUGUCCCCUUUUCUAACCUCCCUCCUCCUCCUCCACCCCCACCCCCUCCCCCUCCUCCUCAGUGAUGCCCAACACAUACCCUCUGUACAUGUAGACAGUCAGGCUGGACAGCUGGACAAAUCAGUCACAUGUACUUAUCACUGCCGCUGCUUGUCAGCGGUGUUAAUUAGGCUUUGCAAUCACUGAUUAUAACAGAGGUCGUUGACUUUCAUAGCUGAUGGAGCGACAUGCUAUGACCAACCACAUAACCAGCCUUUGUGUUGUUUUUAUGAUUUAUAUAUCAUUUUGACGAUAUCAGUUUCUUUUUCCCACAGCUAUUGAUAAUAAUCAACCAUUUGCACCCCAGUCAGAACCUCCUGAUGGAAUGUCGUCCCUAAUCAAAAUGGUAAUGGUAAUUAUCACUUCCAUCCUGUUCACACAUAGAGAUUAAUACACCAGAAAAGCAGGCUGCUAUUCAUUGUGAAGUGAACCUCAAAAACAUGUUGGCACCAUUCACUGUGACUCAAGACUAAGAAGGUUGAGAAAUAUUCAGCUUGAUGCAAAAGUCUUGGCAACAGGCAGUUGUGCUUGUUUAGAUUUCCUCGUAAACAAGCGCACAUUCUCCCCGAACGUGUCUGCGUAACAGGACUUUGCACAAAGCUGAUCGUCACUGUCAAUGGCUUCCUUAUUGUUGGUAUCAUUUUAUUAAGCUAGAUGGACCCCUACUCAGGGAAUGAAAUAUUUCCUCUUGUGCCAAUAUCUUCUCAUGAUUAUCUAAUGAGGUCGUACCACCUAGUAGUUCCAAUUUUGUAAAUUAGAUGCCCAGCACAUAAUAUUAGGGAGCCUGACAUGUAAAGUCUGUGGGCUCUGGUGAACACUUAAAUGAUGUGUUUGAAUUUCACCAUGAAGCAUGUGUCAUUAUUUGACAGCAAAGCCAAUCAAGAGAAUAUUUAUGCAAAGCUUGAUGAGUUCUGAUGAGUUCUUGAUGAAUUCUGUGCAUUCUGAGCACAUGAAUUUAUGGCAAAUGUUGUAUCCAAUGAAAUCAGUUUGUUGUGCACUAAGAGCAACAUGUGAUCAUUCAGUUUCCUACAAACUUCUGGUCAAAUAUGUGUAUGGUGAUGAUGUAUACACACAGACAUACAACUUAAAUGCUAUUUGAAUUCAUGUGGUUUUUCUGUUGCUCACCAGUCAUGUCAGUUUUUUUGUUUCUUUCAUUAUAGUUGUCUUAAAAAAUGCAGCACAAUAUGAUCUGUUGUCAUCCGUAUGCUGUUGUUGCCUUCAUACAGUCCUGUGUCCAAAAAAUGGAAGAGCAAUAUGGUGGUUUUUAGAAAAUUGACUAUUGGAAACAACUUUUUAGGAUAGAUACCAGCAGCCACAUGUCUCCAGACCUGAUAUGAUAUGAAGGUGAGAGGAUGAUUGGACUUGAACUGAUCUUUUCAUUUCACUAACUGAGCUGUGAAACCAGGACAUGUCAUUGUCUCUCAUUUGCAAUGCUGUAAAUAUGUAUUUCUUUUACCAGUAUGCUUUGUAAAUGUCUUCAUUCAUCUGAUGAGCUGUGUCAAUGUCAAAUAAAUGUCUUUAUACACGCUGAACAGGCAGUAUUUUCAG